AUGGAUACGAUACGAGACGGUGCUCUUUUGAAAUUUGAAGGUGUUACGGAUGAUCUGGAAAGGAAUCACCGGACUUCAGGUGUAAAAUGGAUGAGAUUCGGAAAACGGUCACCAAGCGUAAAAUGGAUGCGUUUCGGUAAACGCGCACCAAAUGUCAAAUGGAUGCGAUUCGGUCGAAGUGACUUGGCGAUGGAUAAUCAAGAAGGCAAUGAUUCAUGA